AUGCCUUCCAAUGAGUCUCUUGCCCAGCCUGCGGCCAGCAACGGCAACAACGCCCUCCUCCGCAGCGUCAACCCGAACUACACCGGCUAUGACUAUGUAAGCUGGUACGUCGGCAACGCCCGCCAAGCGGCGACAUACUUCGUCGCCCACUUCGGCUUCAGCAUCGUCGCCUACCGCGGCCCCGAGACGGGCUCCUAUCUCUCAUGCUCGUACGUCGUGGCCAACGGCGCCGCCCGAUUCGUAUUUACCGCUCCUAUCGUGGCUGUGGAUCACGCUGCCGAACAACGGGGCUCGGACGCGGAUCGCCGGCUGCUCGACGAGAUCCAGGCACACUUGAACAAGCACGGGGACGGGGUCAAGGACAUCGCAUUCCAGGUCGAGGAUGUGACGGGCGUCUGGGAGCACGCCGUCCGGAACGGAGCCGUGUCGCUCCAGGAGCCCACGACCCUGACCGACGAGGUUGAUGGCCAGAUUCUCCGGGCCACGAUCAAGACCUUCGGAGACACGGCGCACACGCUCCUCAACCGCUCCGGCUACCGGGGUGUCUUUCUUCCCGGGUACGUCGCCGUUUCGGGCCUGGACCGCUUGAACGACCUGCUGCCGCCGGUCGAUGUCAUUGAGAUUGAUCAUUGCGUGGGCAACCAGCCCUGGGAUGGGUUGGAUACCAUCGUCAACUAUGAGGACGCGUUGAACUUCCACCGCUACUGGACCGUCGACGACAAGGAAAUGUGCUCCGAGUUCUCCGCGAUGCGCUCGGUUGUCGUUGCCUCGCCGGACGAGGUGAUCAAGAUGCCCAUGAAUGAGCCGGCUGUGGGGCUCAAGAAAUCCCAGAUCGAAGAAUUCGUCGACUACUACAACGGCGCCGGCUGCCAGCACAUCGCCUUCCGCACGGACAACAUCAUCGCCGCCGUCGAGAACCUCGGCCAGCGCGGCGUCAACUUCCUCACCGUGCCGGCGAACUACUACACGACCAUGAAGAAGCGGCUCGCGGCGAGCAGCCUCAGCAUUGCCGAGGAUAUUGACAUCCUGCAGAGGUACAACAUCCUGAUCGACUUCGACGAGGGCGGCUACCUGCUGCAGAUCUUCACCAAGCACGUCGUCGACCGCCCCACGGUAUUCAUCGAGAUCAUCCAGCGCGAGAACUUUGAUGGCUUUGGGGCUGGGAACUUUCGGAGUUUGUUUGAGGCAUUCGAGCGGGAUCAGGCUGCGAGAGGGAAUUUGUAG